UUGACCUGACCAUAUACUCUUAUUGACUGAUCAAUCAAGCUUAUUACCUGCCAAUGAUCCAUCUUCUUCUCCCUCUUCCUCUCCCUGGCCCUAUUGCGCCCACAGCACGCGGCCAUCGUCUCCGACUCUCUCCUCUCCAUUGGCAUGUCCCAGCUUUCCAAUACUAGGCGACCACUAGCUAAGCCGCAAGCCAUCAUCCAAGGUACUCCAAGGAAAGAGGGGAGACCAGCAGAGUGAGCUGGCUGCCUGCCUACAUGUCCCUCCUUCUCCUUCUCCUGUUCCUAUCGAUCCCCCAUGCAACCUUCUUCGCCGGCGCCGGCGCCGCCGCCGGCGGGGGAGGCGGGUGCGACCGUCGGCGCGGCGGCACGGUCGUCCCCUACCCCUUCGGCUUCUCCGGCGACUGCCCCAUCAUCCUGGCCUUCAACCAGACCGCCGGCGCGCCGCUCCUCCCGCGCGGCGCCGCGCCGCCGUACCCGAUACUGUCCUUCAACCCCAACUACUCCACCUUGGUCGUCUCCGUCGCGACCUCCUGCGGCCGCACCGUCGCCGAGACGAGGGCGUCGCUCAGCGGCGCCGGCUACGGCGUCUCUUCCCGCACGGGGAUCUUCCUCGUCGGCGGCGGCUGCGGCGCGCUGGCGGCCGCCUCCAGCUGCACCGUCCCGUCGGACCUCAUGGCGAAGCUGCUCAGCACGGCGGGGUGCGGCGGCGGCGGCGGCGGGCGGAACGCCACGGCCUGGACGUGCGUGACCCCGGCGCUGCCGGACCCGGGCAGCGCCGCGGCGGCGCGGGGCGAGGGCCAGUUCAUGCGGUGGGAGAAGGUGGAGGCCGCCGGGUGCCAGGACGUGCUGACGGCGGCGUUGUACGGGGACACGCCGCAGGGGGUGCCGUCGGUGGAGUUCGGCGUGGCGGAGCUUGGCUGGUGGCUCGACGGGAUGUGCAACAACGCCACCGCCGGCCGGUGCGCGGCGAACGCGACGUGCCGCGACGUCGUGACGCCGGACGGGGCGUGGGGGCACCGGUGCGCGUGCCGCGACGGGAUGGUCGGCGACGAGUUCGUCGCCGGCGAGGGGUGCACCGUCAGCCGCACCAGGAAAGUUGGAGGACCUAUAGUUGGAGGCGUUGUUGGUGGUGUUACUGCACUGCUACUGGGUAUCUUUUUGUACAUCAUGGUCUAUAGGCGAAGAAAGGCGAAGAAGGCUUCCCUUCUUCCAUCAUCCGAAGAUUCUACCCAACUUGCAUCCAUGGGUAAAGUUGCCUUGUCAAGCAGUCAAGCUGAUAGUGCCUCAGGAAUGCCAGGAAUUACUGUUGACAAAUCAGUAGAGUUCUCUUAUGAAGAACUUUUCAAUGCCACAGAAGGAUUUAGCAUGAGUCAUAAAAUUGGGCAAGGUGGUUUUGGUGUUGUCUAUUAUGCUGAGCUCAGAGGCAAGAAAACUGCCAUAAAGAAAAUGGAUAUGCAGGCUCGUCGUGAGUUCCUUGCUGAGUUAAAGGUUUUGACACAUGUUCAUCAUCUGAAUUUGGUGCGUUUGAUUGGUUAUUGCACUAAGAGUUCUUUGUUCCUUGUCUAUGAAUAUAUCGAGAAUGGAAACUUAAGCCAGCAUUUGCGUGGAACUGGUUAUCAACCUCUGUCUUGGGCUGCCAGGGUUCAAAUUGCCUUAGAUUCAGCAGGAUGUCUUGAGUACAUUCAUGAACAUACUGUCCCAGUAUAUAUACAUCGGGAUAUCAAGUCAGCAAACAUCUUGAUAGACAAGAACUACCGUGCAAAGGUUGCAGAUUUUGGUUUAACAAAACUUAUAGAAGUUGGCAAUACAUCACUGCCGCCCACACAUGGAAUUGUUGGUACAUUUGGUUACAUGCCUCCAGAAUAUGUUCAAUUUGGUGUUGUAUCUCCUAAGGUCGAUGUCUUUGCCUUUGGCGUUGUUCUUUAUGAACUUAUUUCGGCCAAAGAAGCUAUUGUUAGAUCAACUGAGUCUGCUAGUGAUGUGAAGGGGUUGGUUUAUCUGUUUGAAGAGGCUCUCAGCACACCGGAUCCGCAGGAAAGCCUCCAGAGACUGAUUGAUCCGGCUCUAGGCGAGGAUUACCCCAUCGACUCCAUUCUCAAGUUGACAAUGCUGGCAAGAGCGUGCACGCAGGAAGACCCCAAGACGAGGCCGACGAUGAGAUCCAUCAUCGUCGCGCUGAUGACGCUGUCAUCCACGAGCGAGUUCUGGGACAUGAACGCGAUCCAGGACCAGGAGAACCAAGGCCUGGUGAACCUCAUGUCCGGGAGAUGACUGCCCCUGCCCCCCUCUUGUAAUAUACUGUAUAGCCUGCCUGCCCCUGGUAAUUGUACAUUAGGGCUCGUUUGUGCCGUUCUACGCCCGUCAGAAAGGAGGACAGCAUGUUCAGCAGAGCACCACUGUAGGUAGUCACAUGUGAUUUCUUCUGUCGGUCUAGGUUUUUGUCUCGUGUUUGUUCCUCUCUCCCCUCCCUAUAAAUAUAGAAGAGUCACGGCCGAUAGAGGACAUCCAAUCGAUCAAACAAUUUAUCUUUUA